AUGAACGCCGUUAAAGCUGGUAUUGAAACUGCUAAAGAAGCACAUGACAAUAAAACAGUCGAGAAAAAACUUGAAAAAGCUGCUGAUCCAAAUGUUAAACCAAGCGAACGUGUAGAUGCUCAAUUUGAAGCAGGUAAAGCAGCAUGCAAAGCUGCUGAACAUCAUGCUAAAGCUGAUCAUCAUCAAGCCAAACAUAUUGCCGAUUAA